ACCUCUUCUCUUGAAGUCACAGAGCAAGUCUUGAAGUCCACAUUGCAGGUAGGUACCUACUCGGCGGACAACACAGAUUCAGGAAGCAUCUUCCAGUUUUUACGGUAGAAUCAUGUCAAACCUAACCCUCUUCCUCGUCAUGGUGAGCGUCACGCUGGUGACGUCACAGACCUUCCAAUACUCGCGAGGGUGGACGAACGGCAAACGCGACGGGCACAAGAUGAGCCUCGACAAGAUACUCUCGCCUUGCCAAUUGCAGAAGCUGAAGUAUUUGAUUAUGGGGAAACCUUUUACGGAAAGAUUACUCAUACCAUGUGAUGAUGAAGAUGAUGAGAUCCCGAAGAGGUAUCGUUCCGAUCACCAGGACGUUUCAGACACUUUCCAAUGAACACACCGACCGAGCCAAGUUGUUAUUAUUUAUUUAUAAGAUACGCUUUUUGAUAUUGAUACCAAAUAUUGAAAACAGGUAUAGGUACUUAUAAUUGAGCCAGAUUUAACAUUAUAAAAAUAAAUGUUACUAAUAAUAAUGCAGGAAAUGAAAGUGAUUUGUUUUCAAAAAUACAUAAACCAAUACACCACUCGUUAAAUUUUCUCAUAAUUAUAUUAUACAG